AUGGACAGCCUGGUAACGCCGCUGGAGCAGAUGGCAGCGGCGCGCUGGAAUGGGCAGCAGGCGGGGUGGCGCCCCCAGGGCGAGGGCCUGGACGCUGACGGCCAGCCGCUGCCAGGCGCCCCGCACCUCAACCUGCUGUACCGCGACUUUGCGGUGUCGGCGCUGACCUGCUGCAACCCGGCCUGCGCCAACCUGGCGAGCGGCUCCGAGGGGGCGCUGAGUCGCAGCAAGUGCGCCAGGUGCAGGAGGGCCAGCUACUGCGGCAGGGGCUGCCAGCUGGAGGACUGGCCCAGGCUCAAGGCGGCGUGCCGCCACAUGGACCUCCUGUAG